ACUCUGGACCGCGACUCCCAGGGAAGACGCGGGCCGGCGCCGAGCUGGUCCAACUGGUUCUGAGCAGGAAGUCUCCCGCCCUCGCCCCGGGCAGCAGAGCAACCCCGCGCUAGCCCCGGCUUGGGUGCAGCCCGCAGCUCCGUGCGAUCGUCCCGCAGAGCGGCCGCGCGGGAGACCCGCCCCGGCGGAGAUCAGCGCGGCUUUGUCUGGGACGCCCACACCUCAGAGGCCGCUCCCGGGGCCGGCGAAUGGGAGAGCGGCAGCGCGGGGCCGAGCCGGGCUGAGAUAAGCGGCCAUGUGACCCUACCUGGCGCGGGGAGGGGCCGCAGGUGAGCGGCGGAGCAGGGAGCUCGGCACGCGGCGGCCGUGGGGCUCGGCAGCAUGUCGGUCAGCAGAAAGGACUGGUCCGCUCUGUCCAGCCUGGCCCGGCAGCGGACUUUGGAAGAUGAAGAGGAACAGGAGCGUGAACGCAGGCGGAGGCACCGCAACCUGAGUUCAACCACAGAUGAUGAAUCUCCAAAACUCACCCAGAAUGGAGCUCAGAGAUCUGUGGAGAGGCUGCCCAGUGUGGAGGAAGCAGAGGUCUCCAAGCCAUCACCCCCAGCCUCCAAAGAUGAAGAUGAAGAUUUCCAGGCCAUCCUUAGGACCAGAAAGGAGCGGAGACAGAGGAGGCAGGUGGUAGAGGCUGUCCAGGCUCCAGUACAGGAGAAGCUAGAGGCAGAGGAGGAAAGAGACAGCCUGGGCCCUGAGCAGACCUUGUCGCAGCCCCUUGUGCCUAAGAAGAAAGUGGAGGCUCUACCUCGCCGGAGACUGAGUCGGGAGCAACGAGGCCCUUGGGCCCAGGAAGAUGAGCGUCUAAAGAGCAGAGAGCUUUCAGAAGGAGAAAAGGGGCUUCCAGAGGAGACAGAAGCUCAGCAGAAGACCUUGGUUUCUGAGAAAUCGCCUGUCUCAGAGAAAACCCCAGUGCCUGCCAAGAGACUGGUUUCAGAGAAAGCCUGCCCCUCAGAGAAGGGGACAGCCACAGAGGAAGCAUCUCCAACUGAGAAAAGACAUAGCCCAGAGAAGUUGGUUCCAGAAAGAACAAGUGUGACAGAGAAGUCACCGGUCUCUGAGAAGACGCUUGUGUCUCUGAAGACAGCAGCACCAGAGAGAAAGUCCACUCCAGUUCUAGAAAAAGCCAUUGUCUCUGAGAAGAUGAAGGAGAGGAGGCUGGUGUCGGAGAAAGCAUCUAUCUUUGAAAAGUCACUAGUCUCAGAGACAAAGCUGACAACAAAGAAGGCAGCAGUGUCAGAGCAGCCCCAGACCUCUGGGGGAAGUCAGGCCACCACGAGGGAGCCCAGAGGAAGGACUCUCCCAGGGAAGAGCCCACCUUCCUCUGCAGAGCAGAGCGCACCAGACCCGCCAACUAAAGCUUCCCGCUUCCCACCCAUCACACUCCAGGUGAAAAUUCCCAGCAAGGAUGAAGAUGCAGACGCACCUUCACCCACCCUGCUCACCUACAGCAGUUCCCUCAAACGCUCCAGCCCCAGGACCAUCUCCUUCCGGAUGAGCCCUAGGAAAGACAACUCAGAAACACCCUUAACCCGCAGCGCCAGUGUGAGGCUGCCGGCUAGCACCAUCAAGCUAGGGGAGAAGCUGGAGAGAUACCACACAGCCAUCCAGAGGUCAGAAUCUGUCAGGUCUCCAGGCUCCUCUCGUACUGAAGUCCUUGUCACUCCUGCCGCUGUAGCCAGCAAGCGCCAUCUCUUUGAGAAGGAACUGUCAGGCCAGAACCGUACAGAACCAACCUCCAUCAGAAAGGAGAAUCUGCGUCUGUCAGGGGUUGUGACAUCAAGACUUAACCUGUGGAUCAGCAAGACCCAGGAUUCGGGAGACCAAGGUCCCCAGGAGAUACGAAAAGAGGCAUCAGUCACCAAGAGGGCCCAAUGGGGAAACAAGUCAGCUACAUCUCUGGAUGCAGAGGUGUGACAAGCUCUGUCAGGACAGACCUGCAAACCUGCAUCCCAAGGGCCCUUCGUCAUGCUGGCCCCUCUCCUGCAACACUCCUGACUCUUGCAGACCCUACUCCUUUUCUGCUUCUGGGUCAGUCUGGGCAUGGCCCUUGGGGGCCAGGAACAUGAAUAACACUUCUCCGGCCCCUCUCCAGCCCAGACUGUGGACAGAUGUGCUCUGGUACUUUCUUGUCCCAUUGUAGGUACAAUCUAUCCUGAACCCAGAAAGCACCAGAGCACAGCCCUGGCCCAUCGGCCAUGGAGUCUCCGUGUCCUCUCUGGGGACUGCCUGCCUCCCUUCCUCCUGCUCCAGCAUCAAGCUGGGUUAUUUUGCCAACUCCAGAGUUGUAUGUCCUGCCUGCUCCCAGCAGGCACUCUGUGUGCCUGUGAUAUCUCCACACUAAGUCCCGGAUGUUUACUGCUCCCUGAGGCUUGUUCAAGCCAGACUGGAAAGGAGUCCCCAGGGGCUGCGCCAUGUGCUGCAUCCCCUGCUUGUGCCCCACCAUCCUGCUGCCCUGAUCGGGAUCUCAGUGCCUUUUUGUCUUACCACAUGCCUUACUCUCACCCAGAAAAACCUUUCCCAGGAAGGAUCUGAUAAACUCAUUCAGUCUCAGGCAUGAGUGUCUGGUAAUGUUGAUGGUUUGUUCCCACAGACUUUGCUUUCCUUCAGAAUCAGCUGCAGGGAGUGAGGGAUUGUUGACUUUGCUGGAAGAAGAAACACAUCCAUCAUGCCCCUCCUCUCUCGUUUUAAGGUCCUAGCUUUUUGACUUAAUAGUGUACACCUGGGGUUGGGAGCGAUGGCUCAGCAGUUAAGAGCCCUGGCUGCUCUCCAGGGAACCUAGGCUCAAUUCCCAGCACCUAUACACUGGUUUACAAAUGUCUGAAACUCCAAUUUUAGGGAAUCUUGUAGGCACUGCAUACACAUGAUGCGCAGUUAUACAUGCAUACAAGGCACACAUAAAAUAAAAAUCAUUUAUAAAGAGCGC